AUGGUUUCAUCGGUGAUUGCGGCGCGCUCUGCGCGAACCAUCGUCCCCAAUGCCGCUCCGAAGCGUCUCCUUUCCGACAUCGCUAUUACUAGGACUGGCAAGCCAAUCAUUCGCACCGAGGGUGGAAGAUCAUCUCUUGGAGGUCACACUGCAACAGUCUUCGGCGCAACCGGCCAACUCGGUCGAUACAUCGUGAACAGACUCGCUCGACAAGGGUGUACUGUCGUCAUUCCCUUCCGAGAGGAGAUGGCGAAGCGCCACCUCAAAGUGACUGGAGACCUCGGUCGGGUUGUGUUUAUCGAAUACGAUCUCCGCAACAUAGCUUCUAUCGAGGCUAGCGUGCGGCACUCUGAUGUCGUCUACAACCUCACUGGCCGCGACUAUCCGACGAAAAACUUCUCGCUGGCCGACCUCCAUGUUGAAGGAACUCAACGCAUUGUCGAUGCUGUCGCCAGGUAUGAUGUCGACCGGUAUAUCCAUGUCUCCUCGCACAACGCCAACUCCGAGUCGGCAUCUGAAUUCUUUGCUACAAAGGGACGUGGCGAGGAAGUUGCCCGAAGCAUAUUUCCAGAAACUACCAUCGUUCGCCCUGCUCCAAUAUUCGGUUUCGAGGAUAGUUUGCUUCUGAAGCUAGCUUCCGUGCUGAACUUAUUUACAGCGAAUAACAUGCGAGAGAAGUUUUGGCCUGUUCACAUGCUGUACGACGACUCUACUGCGGGCCAGACUUUCGAGUUGUACGGUCCCAAGCAAUACAGCAUGGCGCAGAUAGCCGAAAUGGUCGACAAAGAAAUUUUCAAGCAAAGAAGACACAUCAAUAUUCCAAAGGCUAUACUUAAGCCCGUUGCAGGUGUACUUAACAAGGCUCUUUGGUGGCACACUUUGUCGGCCGAUGAGGUGGAGCGUGAAUUCAUUGACCAAGUCAUCGAUCCCGAAGCCAGGACAUUCAAGGAUCUCGGCAUUGAGCCCGGUGAUAUCGCCAACUUCACCUAUCAUUACUUGCAAGGAUUCCGUAGUCAGAACUAUUAUGAUCUGCCACCAGCUACGGAGAAGGAGAAGCGUGAGGACAAGAAGUACAUACAUGUCUUGGAUGAGUUGUAA